AUGGGGGAACAAGUGCUGAUAGCAAGACCUGAGAGGAGGUGCACGGACUGGUCCGACGACGAGGCCUACGGGGAGCGUCUGUUGGAGGUGUUGUCCGUGCAUGUUGACGGCGGACGGUAUCCCAGCGGCACAGUGACCGUCUACGACGGUAAGCGCGGCCAGAAGAUCUACAGCCGUAGGGAAGACCAGCCCAAACCAGCACCAUCAACUUCUUCUCCUCGCCACCAUCAGAAUGAGAUCCUGCUCACCGGCCCAUUUCGGGCCAUCGUGGCCAAUGGGUGCAUUGGGUUUGUGCUCAAUCUCCAUGAUGGAAGCCAGGACCAGAAGAAAGCAAACCAGAGCCAGAUACUCGUGGACUUGUAUGACCCGACGACAAAGUAUGACGAGCUCAUCUCAACUAAACUGGACACUGGCUACGGCCCGGCAGAGGUCAGAUAUGCAGUGCUCAGCAACGCCAUCGAAUGUGACGUUGAGGUGAAACUUGUCCUUGGAGAUGAUUCGGCUCCUGCAUAUGCCCACGGGACGAUCACGGCUUGCAGUGAGCUGCUGAAACAAGACAUCGUGCUCUUCGAUGGCGAGAUCAUGGAUGCGACCUCGCCGGAGCUGAUCCUUCCACUGGCUAGAUCAGUCCUAGCAGCGCCACUGAAGUGGUCCCUAAAGAUUGAGGUGGUUCUGAGAGGGUCCUCUGGUGAAGAGCUUGCGAGAGAUCAUGUCAUGUUCUAUCCUGUCCUUGACGACGAGCAUGUAUCGCAUGCUGUUGCCAACAGUGGUAUAUUUGAAGUAAAGAUGACAUGGUCAGAUGAUCAAGAUUACUAACUAAUGUUAUCAGGUAGUAGCACCUCUGUCUCUGUUUGUGCCUUCAAUUCCUUUGUUGGGAAUUACUGCAUUCU